AGAAAGAAAGAAAGAAAGAAAGAAAGAAAGAAAGAAAGAAAGAAAGAAAGAAAGAAAAAGAAUAUGAGAAACUUCUAUGUUUCUGUGUUUGUAUGUAAUAACACUGUCUCUCUCUGUGUGUGUGUGUGUGUGUGUGUGUGUGUGUGUGUGUGUGUGUGUGUGUGUGUGUGUGUUUUCUAGUGUGGAUCACGGAGGAGAGUUCAUGAUAACAUCAAGAUUACACAAAUACGCCUGUGAUCUCACACUGGAUCCAAACACAGUGAACCCUUACCUCGUUCUGUCUGAGGAGAACAGGAAGGUGACAUAUGUGGGACAGAAUCAGUCAUAUCCUGAUCAUCCAGAGAGAUUUGAUCAUUAUCCUCAGGUUCUGUGUGGAGAGACUCUGACUGGACGCUGUUACUGGGAGGCUGAAUGGAGUGGAGAUGCUGAAAUAUCAGUGGCUUAUAAAGGAAUCAAGAGGAAAGGAGGGGGUUAUGACUGUAUGUUUGGAUAUAAUGAGAAGUCCUGGAGUCUGUCCUGCUCUGAUCACAGAUUCACUGUCCGUCACAAUAAUAAGGAAACUGUCAUAUCUUCUUCUUCAGUCAGUAAGAGAGCAGGAGUGUUUGUGGACGUGUCGGUCGGCACUCUGUCCUUCUACAGCGUCUCUGACACACACACACUCACACACUUACACACAUUCACACACACAUUCACUGAUCAACCCCUCUGUGCUGGAUUUUGGGUUUCUUCAUCAGUGUCUCUGUGUCACAUUAAACAACACACACACUGACCGACGCACACGCGCACACACACACACACACACAGAAUCAUGAGUUCAGAUAAAUAGAAACAGAUUCACUUUGGGACUUUUUGACCUGAUUCUGAAACACAGAACUGAAUUCACAGACUGACUUUACUUAUCACAAUACUAGAAGGUCCAUUAUAGAAAUCACGACUCAAAUUACAGUAACAGAGGUGAGCUGGUUGAGAGCUGCAGGUAAACUUCACUCCGCUGAUCUCAAGAGAUGCAGCAGUGACUGACAUCAGAGACUUCAGUCUUUAGUGUCUUUGUUAGGUGCGCCCACCUCCCAUGACGGAGACGCCGGUUCAAAUCCCACUCAAAACAUGUCCAGCAGACAUGUUUUGAGUGGGAUUACAUAUACACAACAAGAGCGGGAAAAUUAGGAACCAUGUGACUGAGAAAAGAAUGUGUUGAUUAAUGUGAGAAGAGGAAACCUGUUCAGCAACAUCUGACAUAUCAGACAUUUCUCUGUUUCAGAGUGGAUGUUUCUCCAGAUGUUUCUCGUGUCUUGAUAAAGAGGUCAUUUUGUUGUUGUCUUCUGCUCUCACUACAUGUACAACUAAGAGGAAAAUCCUUGAGUUUCUUCAUCUAGCAUGUGUUGACAGCUGAUUCUCCUGACAUCCUGGACACACUUGGAGAAAUAAAGACGAAUUAUAAUGUGC